AGCAGCUCCUUCCUUUGCUUGCAGUUCUACACUAUGAUGACAUGACAUUACGAUACUUUACCAAAACGAAACAACACAUAUAUAAAAAAUAAAAUUAAAAAAUAAAAACAAAAUCGAGGCUCACCACGACAUUUUCGAUUCCAUUGCGUUUCGUGCAUUUUUCAGUUCCAUUAUUCGUCUCUCUCUCUCUCUCUCUAGGGCAAAUUGCAAAGCCUCUUUCAGUUUCACCAUUCAUCGACGGAACAAUGAACAUCUUCAGGCUCGCCGGUGACAUGACUCAUCUUCUCAGCAUUAUCGUUCUCCUCCUCAAAAUCUACGCCACCAAAUCAUGCUCAGGGGUUUCUCGCAAGACUCAAGAGCUAUACGCAAUCGUGUUCCUAGCACGUUAUUUGGAUCUAUUCACGGACUUUAUUUCCGUUUACAACACCUUUAUGAAGGUUGUAUUCAUUGUUAGUUCGUUGGCUAUCGUUUGGUGCAUGCGUGUUCAUCCUUUGGUCAGGAGAAGUUAUGAUAAAGACCUUGACACAUUUCGCCAUUAUUUUCUUAUUGGCGCCACCUUUGUUUUGGCACUCGUUUUGCACGAGAAGUUCACAUUUCAAGAGAUCUUCUGGGCAUUUUCAAUAUACUUGGAGGCAGUUGCAAUACUGCCCCAGCUGGUUUUGUUGCAACGAAGUGGAAAUGUUGACAAUUUGACCGGGCAAUAUGUAUUCUUUCUUGGGGCAUAUCGUUCAUUUUACAUUCUCAACUGGAUAUACCGCUAUCUAACUGAGCCACGUUUCACUCGAUGGAUAGCCUGUGUCUCAGGUGUGGUUCAGACGGCUUUGUAUGCUGAUUUCUUCUACUAUUAUUUCAUCAGCUGGAAGAACAAUUCAAAACUAAAGUUGCCUGCUUGAAUCAUCUCAAAAUUGUUUUGAAAUUUAGACCCUUGUUAGGUGAGUCCCUGCUGGAUUUUAAGAGCAUAGUAAUCUAGAGAUUAGAUUAGAUGAGGUCAACUCCGCCCCUAUUCAUAAGUGGGGUAGAUGUGGGGUUUUUCGGGGAACAAUGGUAUAUGGAUUUUAACUUGUGAUAAACAUAACAGGUUCAUAGCAAUGCAAUAAUAGGUUAAAAUGAAAGUGUUACAAUUGAUGAUAUGGGUUGUUUGUAGAUUCAGGUCUCCAUACCAUGGUAUUGUAUAGUUUGAAGUGUAAGGUAGCUGAGUUUGGUUAUGAUUGGAAUGAUCCUGGCUAAGGUAUGACUGCACUGUAAAAAUUAUACAAUUUGCUUUUCACCGAACCUGCAAAAUGAAGUCGGAUUGUUCUAUCUAUAUACUAUUUAAUGAUGUUAA